CAUGCCAUAGGUCGGCCGCCUGUUCACAGGAGGAAGACGAAUAAGGAAGGCAAAGUGUGACUUGCCUGUUCACUUCCACAGUUGCCAUCCUUUUAAAUUGCCGUCUUUAAUCUGCUGUUUUUCUAAAUUUGAGGUAAAUUAUAAGAACCCAAUAUGGCUAAACCGCUGACAGACCAGGAGAAGAGGAAACAAAUCUCCGUUCGUGGACUGGCCGGGGUAGAAAACGUGACGGAUAUUAAGUCCAAUUUCAACCGCCACCUCCACUAUACUCUUGUAAAGGACCGCAACGUCGCCACCAAAAGGGACUACUAUUUCGCUUUGGCAAACACUGUUCGUGACCAUUUGGUUGGACGAUGGAUCCGGACGCAGCAGCACUACUAUGAAAAAGACCCCAAACGCGUGUACUACCUGUCUCUGGAGUUCUACAUGGGCCGCACCCUGCAGAACACCAUGGUGAACCUGGCCCUGGAGAACGCCUGUGACGAGGCCACCUAUCAGCUGGGCCUGGACAUGGAGGAGCUGCAGGACAUAGAGGAGGACGCGGGGCUAGGAAACGGGGGCCUGGGCCGUCUGGCAGCAUGCUUCCUGGACUCCAUGGCCUCCCUGGGCUUGGCUGCUUACGGUUAUGGCAUCCGCUAUGAGUUCGGUAUCUUCAACCAGAAGAUUGUUGACGGCUGGCAGGUGGAGGAAGCAGAUGAUUGGCUGCGCUAUGGCAACCCCUGGGAGAAGGCCCGCCCAGAGUACAUGCGCCCGGUGCACUACUACGGCCGGGUGGAGCACACCCCGGGGGGGGUCAAGUGGGUGGACACCCAGGUGGUCUUGGCUCUUCCCUAUGACACCCCGGUCCCCGGCUACAGGAACAACGUGGUCAACACCAUGAGGCUGUGGUCGGCCAAGGCCCCCUGUGACUUCAACCUCAAGGACUUCAAUGUGGGCGGUUACAUCCAAGCUGUUCUUGAUAGAAACCUGGCGGAGAACAUCUCCCGGGUCCUCUAUCCCAACGACAACUUCUUUGAGGGCAAGGAGCUGCGUCUGAAGCAGGAGUACUUUGUGGUGGCCGCCACCCUGCAGGACAUCAUCCGGCGCUUCAAAUCCUCCAAGUUCGGCUCCACCGAGUUUGUGCGCAUGGACCUGAGCACGUUGCCCGACAAGGUGGCCAUCCAGCUGAACGACACCCACCCCGCCCUGGCCAUCCCUGAGCUCAUGCGCAUCCUGAUGGACCUGGAGGAGCUUCCUUGGGAGAAGGCCUGGGACAUUGUGGUGCGUACGUGUGCCUACACCAACCACACGGUGCUGCCCGAGGCUCUGGAGCGCUGGCCCAUCGACCUGUUCCAGAACCUCCUGCCGCGCCACCUCGACAUCGUCUACGAGAUCAACCGGCGCCACCUGGAGCGCGUGGCCCAGCAGUUCCCCGGCGACGAGGGCCGCCUGCGGCGCAUGUCCCUGAUCGAGGAGGGCGACCACAAGAAGAUCAACAUGGCCCACCUGUGCAUCGUGGGCUCCCACGCCGUCAACGGGGUGGCCCGCAUCCACUCGGAGAUCAUCAAGGACACCGUGUUCAAGGAUUUCUACGAAAUGGACCCUGAGAAGUUCCAGAACAAGACCAACGGGAUCACGCCCAGGAGGUGGCUCGUCAUGAGCAACCCUGGACUGGCGGAGGUCAUCGCAGAGCGAAUUGGUGACGAUUACAUCCGAGACCUCGACCAACUGAAGAAUCUUCUGGAGUUCGUGGACGACGAUUCCCUCAUCCGUGAUGUCGCCAAAGUCAAACAAGAGAACAAGAUGAAGUUCUCGGCCUACCUGGAGGAGCACUAUAAGGUGAAGAUCAACCCCGAGUCUAUGUUCGACGUGCAGGUCAAGAGGAUCCAUGAGUACAAGAGACAGCUGCUCAACUGCCUGCACAUCAUCACCUUCUACAACCGCAUUAAGAAGCAACCGAACAAGGCAUGGACCCCAAGAACAAUCAUGAUUGGAGGAAAGGCUGCUCCAGGUUACCAUACCGCUAAGAUGAUCAUCAAGCUGAUCACGGCCAUCGGGGACGUCGUCAACCACGACGCGGUGGUGGGAGACCGCCUGAAGGUCAUCUUCCUGGAGAACUACAAGGUCACGCUGGCCGAAAAGAUCAUCCCGGCGUCUGACCUGUCGGAGCAGAUCUCCACGGCCGGGACGGAGGCGUCCGGGACGGGGAACAUGAAGUUCAUGCUGAACGGCGCGCUGACCAUCGGCACCAUGGACGGGGCCAACGUGGAGAUGGCGGAGGAGGCGGGCGAGGAGAACCUCUUCAUCUUCGGCAUGAGGGUGGACGACGUGAAGGCCAUGGACCAGACGGGCUACGACGCCAAGUCGUACUACGACCGCAUCCCGGAGCUGAAGCAGGCCAUGGACCAGAUCUCAGGGGGCUUCUUCAGCCCCGGCCAGCCCGACCUCUUCAAGGACAUCGUCAACAUGCUGAUGAACCACGACAGAUUCAAAGUGUUUGCGGACUACGAGGAAUACAUCAAAUGCCAGGACAAAGUUAGUGCACUUUACAAGGAUCCUAAAGAGUGGACCAAGAUGGUGAUCCGUAACAUCGGCAGCAGUGGUAAGUUCUCCAGCGACCGCACCAUCGCCCAGUACGCCCGGGAGAUCUGGGGCAUGGAGCCCAGCCUGGAGAAGAUCCCGGCCCCCGAUGACCCGCGCGACUGAUGACCCCCCCGCUGAGCAGGGCCCCGCCCUCCUUCGAGUCGACCCCUGGUCGACUCAUUCCCUUCCCGUCGUUGUUUGAUGUGGUGCCGAAAAACAAUAGUUUGUGUUUGUGUAGACGGUGAGACUCAACCCUUGUGGGGUGAGAAGGCCUUCCUAACUGUACCUCGACCGACCUGCCUUGUAUUAACCUGGGAUCGUCUCCUUUUAGCACCAGCCAUGGCUACCGGUAGUGUUUUGUCACUGUAUUGUUUUAAAACAUGUAUACUAUAAGCCAACGUUGUUUCACAAAAAACACACUUUGAAUAUCGUACCCAAAACAAACUAAAUGUAAGUCGAAUAGCCAUGCAAGUAUGCAAAAGAUGAAUAUGUAUUUGCCUAUGCACAAUGCACAAACGCACCACUGUGAUUUUAUGACGUGCCUGUCAGCCAUGCACCCGUAUUUUUGCACGAUUUAUUUAACUUGGCAAAGACUAGGUCCAACUCUUUUGUUGACAUAGGUCCAUGCAUUCUUCUUUCUUCCAGUAGUCAUUGUGUUUCCUGCUGACUGUAUGCCCGUCUGUGGGUCCACUGCGGUCUGGGAUGGCACUGCCACUGUAAACGACGAGUUCCUCUGGACUCAUGCAUGCAUGAUGACCUCACUGUGUCCUACCUUUAAGAGGAGGAGGGACAAAUGCCUUCUGUCUUUACCUGCUCCACCCCUUGUCAGGUUUACUAAAUGUACCUUUCCGUUAGUUGUGUGUUUCCCCCAGGCCCAAAAUAACUCACGGAAUCGCAUUAACCUAAUGAUGUGUAGCAGCGUGUUUGUGGUAACGUGAUAAUAAAGAUACAUAUUGUUCUGCUUCUUCGUAUGA